UGCGUGACCGAGCGAAGUCUUUCAAGGCGCCACCUCGCGGCUAGUCCGAUCGCAGAAGUGAUCUCGAGGAGUUUUUCGAUGGUUGUGCUCGCCCGGGUUUUCACGUGAAUUUUUCGAAUCUAAGGGAUCCCAUCGUUAAUACAACACCCUGGAAAAAUACGCAAUGCUGAGAGCAGGGCACUGAACAAAACAAGAGCUGACUGGAGAAUCUAGUCGUGCUCAACCGAAUUAUUAUCGAAAAAUCCAGUAAGGCAACAAACAAUCGAAGGAUCAUGAAAAUGGUGCUGUCUCAACGUCAGAGGGAGGAGUUAAAUAAGGCGAUCGCAGAUUACCUUAGCACCAAUGGAUAUCAAGAUGCAUUGGAAGCAUUUAAAAAAGAGGCCGACAUGCCGGGAGAGGUCGAAAGGAAAUACGGAGGUCUCCUCGAGAAAAAAUGGACAUCGGUCAUACGAUUACAGAAGAAGGUAAUGGAAUUAGAAUCGAAGCUCUCAGAAGCAGAAAAAGAAUUCAUCGAAGGUGCACCAACGCGAGGUAAAAGAUCGCCAUCUGAAUGGAUACCGAGGCCGCCAGAGAAAUUUUGUCUUACUGGACACAGAGCACCAAUUAAUAGAGUUAUUUUCCAUCCUGUAUUUAGUCUUAUAGUAUCCGCUAGCGAAGAUGCCACCAUAAAGGUAUGGGAUUUUGAAAGCGGAGAAUUUGAAAGAACAUUGAAAGGCCAUACUGACAGCGUACAGGAUAUCUCAUUCGACGUUUCGGGAAAGCUAUUAGUUUCCUGCAGCGCGGACAUGUCCAUUAAAUUGUGGGACUUUCAUCAAUCUUUCGCAUGUGUCAAAACUAUGCAAGGCCAUGAUCAUAACGUAAGCUCUGUAGCAUUUGUUCCGCAAGGUGAUUUUGUAGUAAGCGCCUCUAGGGACAAGACGAUCAAGAUGUGGGAGGUGGCGACGGGUUAUUGCGUAAAAACAUUGACGGGUCACAGAGAAUGGGUUAGAAUGGCACGAGUUAGUCCCUGUGGCGAGCUCAUUGCUAGCUGCUCAAACGACCAAACAGUGAGAGUGUGGCAUAUAGCAACGAAAGAGACAAAGGUCGAACUAAGAGACCAUGACCACGUCGUUGAAUGUAUCGCAUGGGCACCAGAAAGUGCAAGAGCAUCGAUCAAUGCGGCAGCAGGAGCGGAUAAUAAAGGAGCCCACGAAGGUCCCUUCCUUGCGUCUGGUUCUCGAGACAAGACCAUUCGCGUUUGGGAUAUUGGUGCCGGUGUAUGCCUUUUUUCACUUCUCGGACAUGACAACUGGGUACGCGGAAUCGUUUUUCAUCCUGGUGGAAAGUUCAUCGUCAGUGCUUCUGACGACAAGACACUCCGAGUAUGGGAUACGCGUUAUAAGAGGGCGAUGAAAACUCUCGAAGCGCAUGUUCAUUUUUGCACCUCUGUCGAUUUUCACAAGAAUCAUCCAUACGUGGUCACCGGUAGCGUAGAUCAAACGGUGAAGAUCUGGGAGUGUCGCUAGUCACCCAAUUUUACAGUUUCUUUGGAACUUCAUAAAUAUGAAGAGCGAAGAAGAUAAAACGCGCGUCCAGUUCGAUGGAAAUGGCCGAAAGAGUAAGCUGCUCCAAAAGCUAUCGUACAUACACUAUUAUUAAUAUUAAUUAUUAUUAUUAUUAAUUAUUAUUAUUAUUAUUAUUAUUAUUAUUAUUAUUAUUAUUAUUAUUAUUAUAUACACAUACGCGUACGACUAAGAGCUCUUUAAUUAAUUUAUAAUAAAGUACGAUUAGUAAUUAUUAAUAUUAUAUAUCGUUUUACGGUAACGAACUGCACUAAUCGAGGAGAGUGUACUUGAGGGCAGCGUAACUGCCAAAAUAUAGGCUCAUCUCUCGAGGAGGAUAUUACACAAUUUACAGCACUAUUGUGUUUGAACCGAAGGAAUUUAUUCCUUUAACUAAAUGCGAGAACAAAGACAGGAUUCUGUAUAUAUUUCUUUCUACGUAGUGCAAAAUUUUAUGUCAGUGACUGCCUUUUUAUACCCCCCCACCCCACCCCAACCUACUCCCUCGUUUUCUCUUAUUCCCUCUAAGCCCCAGCCCUAUUUCUCUCUUUCUCUUUUUCAGGUAUUAUCGAUAUUUAUUAAAAUAUCAGAGAUGCGGUACUGAGUAUAAAAUAAAGGAUAUUGUCGUCCUCCUCGGUUCAUACUCUUUACCAUUUCGAACGAAUCUCUUUGACUCUUGUAACGGUGAUGAAAAUGAUAACUGUGUCGUCACCUAUGAGAACAAGGCUUUGUAAUUAUUUUAUGCACUCUCCUCGACUAUUUUUGGCAAUUCAAAAUGGGAUGCUGCUCCAUCUUUACUCAUAUACAAAAAAGCAGUGGCAUACCUUGCUGAGUGCAAUAUAUUGAAUGCCAACGAUUCAACUACCACGGAUUAGUUUGAAAACUGUAGUAGGUAGUAUGCCAUUGAGAUACCCUGCUGCAUGUCGUCACAGGAGAUAAAAUCCACUGCAUUAGAUAUUCGAUUUGAAACAAAUGACACGCACUGUGAAGGGACAAUUACCUCGAUAAAAAAUUCUUCUAUUUAAACAUCGCUUGUUUUUCAAUAUAAUAACUGCGCAAAUAUAUUCAAUAUAUUGGGAAUUGUUUCCUACCAGUGUGAUGUUUACUUUUGAGUUGCAUAAACGUACUCAAAUGUGCACACAGAUAAAGUGAAUACAAUCAGAAAAUAAGAUAUAAUAUAUUGUGCAAAUUUAAGUCAAUAACAUGGCUGAAAGACUAAAUAUGGACAAUUUUUAUAAUAUUUUUGUUCGAAUGGGAAGCACAAGAAAAAUGGUUGAACUCUGGUCAAAUUUAACGUGUGCUCAAAGUAGAGAAUAAAAAAGAAAAAUAUAAGCUUUUGCUCAGCGCUUAGCAUCCAAUCAAUGUGCAUUAAUAAUAAUAACCUAUCGAGGACAAUUAAGUAAAAAAAUGCAAAGCAUAGUCAAAGAAUUUCCCAUCGAUUUGACUAUAUUUAUUAAAUGGAAUGCAUAUUCAUACUGAAGAUCGAAAGCGCAUAAUUCAACGUGUGGGUUCCAAAAUGAAAAGUGCUAGUUGUAUACUUAGUUUUAACCACUAUUAGCAGUAGUUCAGACAUGAUAUAGAUGAAGGAAAAAAUAGAAAAAUAAUCGCAAUUCAAAUGUAUGGUUGGACGACACACUGACACAUACAUAUUUUCUUGCAUUCGUAUGUACUUGCAUUUGUAUGUAAGUGUACAAUAUGGAUACCAUUAUGACGAUGCUUAAUUAAGGGUGAUUUUUCAAACAGUACACUGAUGUCUGCAACCUUUUCCUACUGUUUCUCCCUUGUUCACCUUUUAAUCAGAUUUACUCCUGGGAAAAAUACCCCUCAAUUAAUGUGGUACUAAAUUAUUUUGAUGAACAAUAAACGAAGUUGUCACUGAGUCGUAAGAUCUAUAUUACCUAUAUUUCAUACUAUUCUUAAUAAUAAUGGUUAUUUUAAUUUAAAUAAAACUAUCAGCUAUGAAAAAGAAAUAGUAGAGUAAUAAUGAAGAAAGAAAGAAGAACUUAAGUGAAUAUUACCUUCUUAUUCCAUAGUUUUUAUUAUUUUCUUACUACCUUUUAGUUCCUUCAAGAAAUGCAUGGAAUUACUUUUAAUAUUUAUCGAAAAUACGACACGGUACUGCUUUAAAAUGGCAUAUAAUUUCGUAAAUAAUACACAGAAUUUAAUUUUUGUAUUGUGUGUAAUAUUUAUCUUUGUACUCUAACACGUAUCACUUUGCCAUUAUUUAUAUGCGAGAAAAAAGAGUUGUAGUAUUAAGCUGCAUCUGUGGAUUUUGAUGCACGUUUAACUUGUAAAAUCGUGUCGCUUUACUACGUAGUAUUUUUAAUACCAUGGAGAAAAUACAAAAUCUAGUUUUAUUACAACUUACAUUCAUUUAAGUAUCAUUUUAAUUUAAGCUUUAUGCUUUAUUCAUUUCUCUCAUCGGAAAAAAAAAACAAAAAUAUUUAUUAAAAUAUUGAAGUUAAACAAACAUAUUUUUCUUUUCUUUUUCUUCUUUUAUCUUAAGAUCACAAAUAUAAUAAAACUUAAAUAUGCACUAUAUACAUAUGUACACAUACAAUCACAUGCAAAUGUAUAUGUAUAUAUGCACUUGAUAACAGUAUUCCAGAGUGUGAUAAAGAAGGGCUAGCAAUAUAUUGUUAUAAGCAUACAAUGAAACUAUACGCAUAUUGAGCACUUAAUAUUUGUGUCUACGUAUGGUUAAUGUAAUAAAAUUAUGUUGUAGUUGCUUUU